AUGAAAGAUCUGGGCACUCUCAGCUACUUUCUUAGACUUGAGGUUACCUCAUCCUUUGAUGGAUACUAUCUUUCCCAAGCAAAAUAUGCUUCUGAUCUUCUCUCUAAAGCCGGCAUCACCGACAACAAGACUGUUUCUACUCCCUUGGAAUACAAUGCAAAGCUCACACCCUUGGAUGGUGAACCUAUUUCCGAUGCUACUCGCUAUCGUCAGUUGGAUGGUAGUCUGAUCUAUCUCACUGUUACUCGUCCGGAUAUUUCACAUGUUAUGGGUAUGGUUAGUAAGUUCAUGGAUACCCCUCGUUCUGUCCACUAUGCUGCCGUUCUUCGGAUUCUCCGAUAUGUCAAGGGCACACUUUAUCAUGGUUUCUAUUUCCUGUUGGGUACUUCUCUUGUCUCAUGGCGUAGCAAGAAGCAGGAUGUUGUUUCCCGUUCCAGUACUGAGGCUAAGUAUCGUGCCCUUGCCGACACCACAUGCGAGCUUGUCUGGCUUUGCUGGCUCUUGGCUGACAUGGAUGCUCCAUAG